CAAAAGAAAAUGGAAAAAGAUGGACAGAUUCACGAUUCUGUUCUCCAUCGGACCCGCGAUGCAUGAAGAUCGCAGAGAAAGAAAUGAUCUUUCUUGAACCUCUCCGGCGAAGCUUUUCUCAUCAUCGUCCUCCUCUUCUUCUAUUGAAUUUCUAUUUUUUGUUAAACAAGUUUUGGUUUACUCUCUGGGCUUAACCCUCCGGGCAAUAAUUUCAAGGGAAUUCACCUGAAAACGGGCUAAAAUUGCAGAUUGUCUUUGAACUGUGGUGUUAAUUUGGAGUCCAGGUGAAUGACAAAGGUUGCUGAUGGAUAUGGAUUUGGAGAGGGAUUUGAUAAGUGAUUUGCCUCAAAGCAUCAUAGAAACCAUCCUAGUUAAGCUUCCUAUAAGGGAUGCUGUGAUGACAAGCGCCUUGUCGAGCAAAUGGAGGUAUAAGUGGUCUAGCAUUACCCAGCUGGUUUUCGAUGACAAUUGUGUUCCUAACACUUGCUGCGACAAAUCGAUUGUCGAGAGCAAUCUCAUACAUUUCAUCACGGGAUUUUUGUUUCUUCACGAUGGGCCUAUUCAUAAAUUUGCAUUAUCUAGUUUGUGUCUGUCGAGCACGCCCGAUAUAGAUCAAUGGCUUCUUUUCCUUUCUAGGAAAGAUAUAAAGGAAUUGAGCAUUGAGUUAGGGGAGGGUGAAUGGUUUAGAGCUCCUUCUUAUCUCUUCUCUUGUCAGAAGUUGACUCGCUUGGAGCUGCUUCGGUGUGAAUUGGAACCUCCUCUGAAUUUUAAAGGGUUUUCGUGCUUGAAGCAUCUCAAUCUUCAACAAGUUAUUAUACCACCGCAUGCCAUUGAAAAUCUCAUCUCAAGUUGCUCUCUUUUGGAGGAUUUGAUGUUAUCAUACUUUGAUAGUUUUGAGCUCACUAUUCGAGCCCCAAAGCUCAAGUAUUUAAAUUUGGAAGGAGAGUUUAAGGAGAUAUUCCUUGAAAAUACCCUGAAUUUGGUUACUAUAUCUGUUUCCAUGUAUAUGACUGACGAUAUAACAGAGCACUUUGUACAAAGCUCGGGUUGCAAUUUUGAAAAGUUUCUUGGUAAUGUCCCUCAUAUCGAGCAGCUUGCUGGGCAUAUUUACUUCACUAAGUAUCUCAGUAUAGGGAAUGACAAAGAAAGCAAUCCUAUGGUUUACCUCCAUCUCAAGGUUCUUGAACUAUAUCAAGUGAGUUUUGAAGACAUAAAUGAGAUACUUGUCGUUCUUCGCCUGAUUAUAAGCUCCCCCAAUCUAGAGGAGCUACAUAUUUCGGGGUCCGCAUACACACCAAGUGACUGUGAGGAUGAUGAUGUUUGGGAGAACGGGUUGCCCGUUGGUUGUACUUUCAACAAGCUCAAACUUGUAAAGAUAACUGAUUUCUCCGCCGUAUUGCACGAAAUGGCUUUUAUCAAAUUCUUGCUUGCUCAUUCCACAGUUCUUGAAAAAAUGACGGUCUCGCCAAGUUACUGCACUGUGGAUAAAAAAUUGAAGGCACUGAUUGAGUUGGUUAGUUAUCGCCGUGCUUCUCCUGUAGCGACGAUCCAGUUUACUUAAAUGCAGUCCUAGAUGAGGCCACAACUAACAAUCCUUUACUGUUGGCAGCAUAUAUGUUGAUCAAGUGGAAUUGUCAGAGCACUAUAAUAAGAUGUUGAUCAAGUGAUUUACCAAUAGCCUUGGAUUCUGUUCUCAAAGACUAAUACUAUUUGAAGUUCAAUUCUUUUAGUGAUAAUUUAUUCUCUUUACAAUGUAAUUUGUGUCAUGUAAAAUACAGCUCACAACAAUAA